UAAGAAUAAUAGGGACUAACAGGAGAAUGCAAAUAAUAGGUCCUUUAAGCCAAAUCCAGGCAUAGCUAGGUAGCUACUCUCUAGCUUCCAGCUAUUUCUCCUGUGCCAAAGGACAAUCCAAUCUUAUCGGUCAACUUACAAUUUAAUUUUAAUUUUCGUGUCAACAUGUGCUAUCUGCUUGUGAGAUUCAAAAUACAAGACAGCAUACGCAAUCGUGAAGCUAGUCAGGCCAAAGUUUAUUUAAACCCUACCAAUCAAAAUUGCAUUCUCAAACAACCCAACUCAACGACCGGACCAACGCUACUAUAUUGAGCCACAAUCGUUUACUUCCCCACUGACUGCAAUUAAACCCCAAAGAACCUUGACAAAUUAAUUCUCCUGCUUAAGGUUUCCAACAGCCAACCUGCCAUCCCCAUCCAAAAGCUUCACAAAUACCAACAACAGGAGGUCCCCCUUGAGAGUCCCUCACUGCAUUCCAUAAUUCCAUUCUACACAAUCCAAAAUCUACAAGCUUAUUAGGAUCUCAGAGUCUCCAAGAGUUGAAAUUUUCUAGGUAGCAGAGCCAUGGCUUUGGUGGUCAGAGUCUUGGCUCUAGCGGCGGCGGUGACGGCUGUUUUGGAGAUGUCCAGUGCAGCUGUGUACAAGGUCGGAGACUCCGCCGGGUGGACCACCUUCGGAAAUGUCAACUACAAACAAUGGGCUGCUUCUAAAACUUUCCAACUUGGUGAUGUUAUCAGAUUCGAAUACAACCCCCAACUCCACAACGUGAUCCGCGUUACGCACGCCAUGUAUCGGUCAUGCAACGCCUCACUCCCCCUCGACUCCUACACCACCGGAAAUGACACAAUCACCAUCACCACCAGAGGCCAUUACUUCUACAUGUGCGGGGUCCCCGGUCACUGCCAGGCCGGCCAGAAGGUCGACAUCAACGCCAUGCGCCAUCCUUCGUCGGCAGCUCCAACUCCUUCGGCAUUGGCCCCCCCAACAGUUCCUGCUCCUCACGCACCGACGCCAGGUCCAAGCAUCGCUGCUCCAUUACAAUCUCUGAAGGGAAAUUUUGGGCUGCUGGGAUUAACACUUGUUGUUUCUGGUCUCGCUUAGUCACUCAAGAUUAUUGGUUUUAUACAUAUCGGGCAGUAAUUUGAGUCUUUUUACUGCUCUUUUGAGAUGGGUUAGUAGUGAUUUUCGUACUUGAUAUACAGACAUUACAUAUAUAGCUUACAAAACCUUGGAAUAAAUUUCGGAUAUUACCAAAAUGUUGGAAGAUUGGCAUAAAUAA